GCGGUUUUGAAAUUAAGCACGUUGUUUUACUGCUUUUGUUUAUCGUGUACCUUAUAAGUCAUUAAAGCCCUACUUUACUGUGGUGUGUCGUUUCAGAUUGGAUAGGGUCGCAUCGUAUAAAAACCAUGAACUCGGUGUUAAUGUUUGUGUUGCUAUGUGUGCAAGGGAUUCAUCUACAAGAUACCUCGACGGGACCAGUAGCUGUUAAAACCACAUACACGAGGGCCUCCACGGGACCAGUCAUUAUCAGAGAGGUUUGCCCCAAAGGAAAAUGCGUCAUGCUAGAAAAUAUCUCAACUGCUCAAAAGGACGUAAAUCUAGAUGGAUGGGUUUUGCGAAUGACAAUCGAUGAGGAGAGGCAAUACAACUACAAUUUCCGCUCCUUCAACUUAAACGCUGGCAAAAGAGUCAAGAUCUUUUCGCGGGAUUCAGCUAGCAAUGCGGGUCUGAAUGACCUAAUUUUCCGUGAGGGAAACUGGAGAGAGGGUAUCAAGGUCAACACUACCCUCACUAAUGACAAAGGGGAGGAGAUGGCCAGCCAUAUAAAAAAUAUCGUGCUCAUUGAUAAUAGGUAUAAAUAGAUAAAACUUGAGGUUACAUAAAAGAAACAGUUUCUUC